UAACACCACCCCGCCCCCCUCAUCUCAACCGCUAAGCGCUACUUGUCGGCCAGCAUUUUGGCGCAGUUUCGCUUCAAGCUAAACAAAGGGCACCUGGUUAUUUAUUUCAAUUUUAUUUUAAUUGCAAAAUAUUUUCAUCCUCUAAAGCGUUCACGAUGAGCUCGAUCAACGUCAAAAAGCUGAAAGUAAACGAACUGAAGGACGAGCUGAAAAGGCGUCGUCUCUCCGACAAGGGACUGAAGGCCGAGCUGAUGGACCGCCUACAGGCCGCCUUGGAAGAGGAGGCCGCGGAGGCCGCGGCCUGCGAAGAAGCGGGUGCCGAGGAGGAGGAUGAGGAGUUGGAACAGGCCGCCGAACCGGAGUGCAUGGGGGAAGAAGAAGAGGGAGAGGGAGAGGGUCCGGUAGUCGAAAGUAUGGAGGCUAACGAGCAGGAACCCGAAGUAGAACAGAACGGGGCAAACGCCGACGGCGACGUCGCUGACGCUGUUGCAACUACUACUACUACUCCUGUUGUUGUUCCUGCUGCUCCUGCUUCUGGCGAGGACGAGGAGAUGGGAGACGGGGAAGAUGACGACGAGAUGGAUCCCAUGCUCAAGCCAGACGUGGACGACAUGGAGAAAAUAGACGAAGACGACGGUGAGCCAGAGGAGCAGACAGCUGAGGGGGAUGCGGACAAAGACACGAAUGCUGAUCAGAAGAAUAAGAAGGGUGUUAAGAGACGCCGGGAGGAACAUGGAAGGGGCUACUUUGAAUUUAUUGAAGAGAACAAAUACAGCUGGGCCUCAUUUAAGUCACCCGUGCCCCCCUUGGAGGAAGAGGAUGAAGAGCUUGAUGACACCAAAGUCUGCCUGGACAACUACAACUGCGACCUGCAUUUUAAGGUGUCACGCGACCGCUUUAGUGCCUCGUCGCUCACAAUGGAGAGUUUUGCUUACCUGUGGUCUGGGGGCAAGGCCACCUAUGGCGUGAACCAAGGCAAAGUCUGCUUUGAAGUGAAGAUCACAGAAAAGAUUCCAGUGAAGCACAUUUCCAGUAAGAACAUGGAAAUCCAUGACGUGCAGGUCGGCUGGUCGUCGUCCGCAUCGUCACUGCUACUCGGUGAAGGCAUCCAUUCGUAUGCUUACUCGGGCAAGGGGAAGAAGACGACAAAUUCUGUGAUGGAGGACUUUGGUGAAACUUUUGAUGAGAAUGACGUCAUCUGCUGUCUGGCCGAUUUUGACGCCGAUGAGGUGGUUCUGUCCUACUCCAAGAAUGGCGGGGAGCCAGCCGAAGCUUUCCGGGUGACCAAAGAGGAACUGAGCGGCCAGCAUCUUUACCCUCAUGUCAUGUGUCACAACUGCGCCGUGGAGUUCAACUUCGGUCAGAUGGAGACCCCGUACUUCCCUGUGCCCCCCGAGUACACCUUAAUGCAGCAGGUUCCCCUCGACGACCGCGUCCGCGGGCCCCGCGCGCCAGAGACGAAGGCCGACUGCGAGAUCAUAGUGAUGGUUGGCCUGCCAGGUGCGGGCAAGACCACGUGGGUGAAGAACCACGUCCAGGAGAAUCCUGGGAAAUACUAUAUCCUGGGAAGUGACACAAUCGUGGAAAAGAUGAUGAUCAACACCCCGAAUCGGCAACCAAAAGAAUACAACAAACUGCUUGCCAUUUCCCAGCGUGCACCUCUCUUUUUGGGAAAGUUCAUCGAGAUAGCCGCCCGCAAGAAAAGGAACUACAUCCUGGAUCACACUAACCUGUCUGCCCCUGGCCAGAAGAGAAAGAUGUGUUUGUUUGCCGGGUUCCAGCGCAAAGCUGUGGUGGUCUUCCCCUCCGAGGAGGAUUACAAGGAGAGGGUUCAGAAGAAGGUCAUGAGUGACGGCAAAGAAGUCCCCGAACACGCGCUUCUCAAGAUGAAAGGCUUCUAUUCUCUCCCUGUGGAGGGCGAGAGCUUCAGCGAGGUGCUGUUUGCCGAGCUGCCAAGGGACGACGCCGCCAAAGUUUUAGAAACGUACAAAGAAGAAAGCAAGAGUGCCCUGCCUGCGGAGAAGAAGCCCAACCAGGGCGGCGGCACACCCAAGCGAGGCGGUGGGUCCCGCGGCGGCGGUCGCGGAGGCAAGAACCAGUUUGGCCGCAGCGGUGGGCCCGCACAGAGGGGUGGCGGAGGCGGCGGCAGUCGUGUGGCCUACCAGAACCGAGGCAACUUCCGAGGAGCCCCCAACCCCCGCGGUGGGUUCGCCCGUCCCCCUCGCGGCUACAUGCCACCCCCGGCUUACAGAGGCGGCUACCCCAGCCGGGGCAGCUACAACCGCAGCGGCGGUCAUAUUCCCAGCAUGGGCGGAUCCCCCAGAGGCGGACCGAUGAGAGACAACCUGGGCACCAGAGGCGGACACAUGAGUCGAGGCGGUCCAAUGAGCAGAGGGAAUAUGAGCAGAGGCGGCGGCAGCGGCGGCAUGAGUCGUGGCGGAAAUAGAGGACAUCACAACCAGCAGUUUCAGCAGAGAGGCGGCGGCCGAGGCAACUUUGGCAACAAGAACGGCAAUUUCAGCAGGAAUAGUGGCGGGUUUGGACACAGGAACGGCAUGGACAAGGCCCAGGCCUUCAACCAGAGCUGGCAACAAGGGUUCUGGAAUCAGAAGCCGUGGAAUCAACAGUAUCAGCCCAGCUAUUACUAAGACACUUGUUCUAAUGGACUGGUGGCCACACUGAAAACCACUCUAGCCACGGAUCAUCAUCCCAUCCUCCAUCAAGAACGCCAGAAUCUGCGGGCUAAAGACGAGCAACGUGGUCAACAUUCCACUCCAGAGAGAGACCAGCCGCCGUGAAUUAAUUGAUGUUCUCUGAAGUUUGAGAGACACGUGUACAACAUGAAUUUGUUUUUCUUAUCUUUUGUUGUAUAUUUCUUUUGCUUUCCACCACUUUUAAGACAUGCUUUUUAAAAGAAAAAAAAGUUUGUAAUAUCAGGAACCAGAAACUUUUUUCCCAGUGAUGUGCAUUUUUUCCCCCCCAUUUCUUUUGUUUUUGUUUUAUUCUGAACUGUAAAUAUUUGUUUUGAGUAGUUGAAGAAUUCAUUCUCAUUGUGGCUUCUGAAAAAUAUUAGUGUCCGUUGUGCAGUUAACACGAAGCCUCAGAUAAAUCCCUGUUUCAGUCUCUUGUUCUCACUUCCAAAACUGUAAACCAUCUUCGUAGAGCUCCAAUAAACACAAUUAUGCUUGUUUUCUCCUGGCUUAUAAUUGAUGUUCAAAGGUGUAAACGACCUUUGACUGGCCCAUUUUGGAGAGAUUUACUCCGACCCUUGUUGCUGUUCUCUGAUUUCGCCUGUUGAAAUAUGCACUGAAUGGUGAAGCUAUUUGAAUCUCUCGGAAUGAACAAUGUUGUUUUGGCUGUGCCUUUUACGACCCCCUCUGUACAUUUCUUUGAUUAUUUAAGACUCUCAUGGCAGGCCGCUGUUUUCUGCGGUCCUGAGCAAAUGUGACCGCCCCAGAAGGAUGCUUGUGAUUUGGCUAACCAGCUGAUUGAAAUGCAACGGAAACGUAGCCAACACUUUCAAAUCAAAAGUAGUACUUCACCCCAAUAUGAAUUUUGCUUGCGCUGGUAUUUGCACGUUGGCAGUGUAGCGGCGGCGAUAGCCGAGUGCAGAUCCGGGAGUACAUUUUUCACCAGCAAAUAAGGGCUACGCAGUGCGUGCAUUUCAAAUCUUACACGAACAAGUCAUUUUGGUCGCAAAUAUCAUUUCGGCCUUUCUCCAUGGCUUGACAAUAAUAGCCUGCUUCCCUCCUCGUAAUUUCAGAUUUCCUGACUAAAUCUUUUUGUUUGACCCCAAGGGAUCUGAGUGCUCCUGUUUUGUGAUAUAGUUAGUUUUAGUUUGCCGCAGUACUGCCGUGCUCUACUUUUUUUUUUUUUUCAUUUCUUUUGUUGCCGGUUGUAAAUCAGGUCCUGUAUUAAACCAACCAUGCUGCAGCUUGUCUUUUGUAUCCUAACAGAUUUUUUUUUAUGUCUCAACUCUAUUAAAGUCAGAUAUGGUUGUGAAA